CGCCUUCAUAGCCGUUACUGCCUUUCUCAUCUCAUCGUCCCUGUUUACCCCCAAAUCGUCAUUUCAAAGAAACACGUUGGGUACAUUCGUAAUUUCGUCACAUAGCCCCCAAAUCAAGGGGGUCGUUGUUAUCUCUCUGGAACUCUCUCUCUCUCUCUCUGCUCUACACACACACUCUCUCUCCUGAUUCUCUGUCUUCUUCUUAGGGUUUGAAGCCGUUAUGGCUUCGUCUUCGUCUGAACCGGCUUUGAAAGCAGAAAUCGGUGGUGGCAGCGGAGGAGGAGAAACCUCGGAAGGUUUAGCAGUGGCGAGCGAUCAGAUGUUGUACAGGGGACUGAAGAAGGCGAAGAAAGAGAGAGGGUGUACGGCCAAAGAGAGAAUCAGUAAGAUGCCCCCUUGCGCCGCCGGCAAGCGCAGCUCCAUUUACCGAGGCGUCACCAGGCAUAGAUGGACUGGUCGUUAUGAAGCUCACCUUUGGGAUAAAAGUACCUGGAACCAAAAUCAGAACAAGAAGGGAAAGCAAGUUUAUUUGGGUGCAUAUGAUGACGAGGAGGCUGCAGCCAGAGCAUAUGACCUUGCAGCCUUGAAAUACUGGGGUCCAGGAACGCUCAUCAAUUUUCCUGUCACAGAUUAUACAAGAGAUCUGGAAGAGAUGCAGAAUGUUACAAGAGAGGAAUAUCUUGCAUCUUUACGCAGAAAGAGCAGUGGCUUCUCAAGAGGACUCUCCAAAUACCGUGGGCUAUCUAGUCGAUGGGAUCCAUCACUUGCUCGUAUGGCUGGACCUGAUUACUUCAACACCAUAAAGUACGGUGAAGAAGCAGCCACAGAAAGUGAAUAUGCUGGUGGUUUUUGUCUUGAUAGAAAGAUUGAUCUUACUCCUUACAUCAAGUGGUGGGGACCCAAUAAAAGCCGUCAAUCAGAUUCUCUCACAAAAUCCUCCGAGGAAAUAAAACACGGCCAUUCUGAAGAUAUUGGCAAUGAACUCAGAACUUUGGAAUGGGCGAUCCAGCCAACUGAGCCUUACCAAAUGCCGCGUCUGGGUAUUUUCCACAAAGAAAAAAAGAAAAAAGACUCCACAUUUUCUGCUAUGAGCAUCUUGUCGCGAUCUGCUGCAUACAAGAGCUUGCAAGAGAAAGCAUUAAAGAAGAAAGAAAAACAAACUGAAGUUGACGAAAAUGAAAACAAAUGUACGAUUAGCAAAAUGGAUUAUGGAAAGGCAGUUGAAAAAUCUAGUCAUGGUGGGACAAGUGAGGGGCUAGGAGUUGCGCUUGAUGCAGGUGCGGGAUUGUCACUUCAGAGGAAUUUGUAUCCGUUGGCUCCUUUUUUGACUUCACCACUUUUGACCAGCUACAACGCCAUUGAUCCCUUAUCGGAUCCCAUUCUUUGGACCGCACUUGCUCCUGUUCUUCCGACUGGACUUUCUCGUACUACUGAGGUUACGAAGACAGAGACCAGUUCCAAUUAUGCUUUCUUCCAUCCGGAAGAAUGACUGUUCAUUCUACUUCCACGACAUCUGGUUGGCAAGAAUAUAUUUGCUCUGAGGUACCUCGGGUAAUUUAGCUAAUGCAUACGCUAUGUGGAGGAGGAAACACACCAUCACAUCGACACAGUAAUGAAGUGGUAACUGGAUUUUGGAGGAAUGUGGGGAGAUUAUAGAGAGAGUUUGUAUAUUAUUAGGUGUAACAAAAGGAAUAUUUUUGUUUUUUUAUCUUUACUUGUUACUUGAUGUUUCGGAUAGUAUACACAACAACAGUGCCCAAAUGUGUGAGAAGGUUUUUGUUAUUUAAAGAUAGUUCAAAGUACGUCACAUAUAAGGAAACUGAGGAUAGCUCUUUGCUAAUGUACAUGGUAUACAACAACAGUGCCCAAAUGUGUGAGAAGGUUUUUGUUAUUUAAAGAUACUUCAAGUAUGUCACAUAUAAGGAAACUGAGGAUAGCUCUUUGCUAAUGUA